AUGAUUUCUGAAGAUGGAAAAGGUGUUAGAAUGAAUGAAGUUCUGGAAGUUAAGAAUUCUGAAAAACUUUCAAAUUCUAUUGUGAUAAAGGUGUUUGGCAGAGAAUUGGCGUCUCAUAUUGUUGCUUGGGAGAUAAGAAGACAAUGGAUACAAUAUGGUCAAUUUCAUUUUACCACUCUAGGAAGAGGGUGGUUCUUAUGUUCUUUUCAAUCGGAGGAGACGAUGGAAGCAGUACUGUCAGGGGGGCCAUGGUUUAUCAAUGGGCACAUUGUGGGAAUGGAGAGAUGGUCCACUGAAUUUUCAGCUAACUCCAUGAAGGGGCUGACAUCUCCUAUAUGGGUUAGGAUGCCUAACCUUCCCUUGCAAUGUUGGGAUGAAGAUAAUAUAGCUAGAAUAGCUUCUAGAAUUGGAAUCCCUUUGAUGAUGGAUGGGAAUCUCUUCCAAUGGGGAAGAAGAGAGUUUGCAAGAAGUCUUGUCAAUAAUAAGGAAGGAAGAAAGCCAAUCCAAAAGAGCAUUGCAGUCAAAUCCAGCAAAAUAAUAUUUGUUAAGAAGAUGGGAAAUGAAAAAGUCACUAUGGAAGAAGGAAAUGAUGGAGCUGAUGACAGAUUUAUCACCCCAACAAAAGAUCCGGUUCUGAGUAAUGAAGACCAUUUAGAAGAAGGAGAACUUAUUCCAGACAAGGAUCAGCCUAUUAUAGAGAAGAGCAAUCAAGUUGAAGAGGACAGAGAUAGUUUCUCAAAGGAUAACAAGGAGGGACCUACGAGUAAGUCCCCUGUUUCUUCCUAUUCUAAAUUAUCAAAUUCUGGAAACAAAUUUGAUAUCCUAAGUUCAGUACCUGAAAAUCUGGUUAAUGAAGAUUUGUUAGUUUCGGUUAAAGAAAAGAAAUAUGCUGAAAAAUUCAGUGAUGGUUCGAAUAAAAGGCUGACCAAAGUUGAAAAUUGA